AAACCAAAUUUCGAUGCACCUCACUUGCGGAAAUUAUUCCGACCUGGUAAAACACCGUAUGAUUCCCAAUUGCCUCCAAAUUAUCUUGAAAGUGUCUUGCCAAAGGCCGUUGUUGAGGUUUUCAAAAGAGAUCGGUUUGAUUGGGGCGAGGGUGGUGUUCCAGAGUGGAUUCCGCCUGUUGAGUUGAGGUGA